CUCCACUAAUUGCAUUUUCUUGUGAAUAUGGGACACAGUUUCCUAUUUCUUUGUUAGUCUAGUAAUUUUGGAUUGAAUUGUAGACAUUCUGAAUGAUAUCCAUAGUCUCUAGAUUCUGUUAUAUUCCUCUCAAGAGUGUUGAUCUAUCUUAUCUAUCUUUCUUCCUUUGGUUUUAUUUUGUCAGGCUAUGCUCUACCUCUAAAAUCUGUCUCCCUUAUAGUUGUCAUCAGCUGAAAUUUCUGUUCAGUCAUUUUAGUGUUAGCUGAGAUGUUUGGUGUUUUCCCUGUGCAUGCCCAGUUCAGCCAUGGAUUUGGGCAGAAUUUGGGGCCCUCCUCUGUAUCUCUUUCCUUCCUAGGCUUCCCUGUCACUUUCUAGCUGCUGUGGUCACUCUGGACUCUCUCCUUUGAUUUUUUUUAAGUCAGAAAGACCAUGAAUCAUCCCACAUAGUGCUGAUUGGUGCCUGCCUUCAGACAAAAAGCCGUAAAAAUGAGUAACUUAUCCAGGGCUUUUCACUUGUUCCAGAUUCUCCCCCUCUUCAAUUUCUGCCAGCUUUUGGCCAGUUUCCAGUAUUUUGGGAUAGUUUUUAAAAUAUUUUGCCCAGGGUUUAUAGUUUAUAUCUUUGGGAGGAUAGGUACAAUAGAAACUACUUGCCAUUACUAUAAAGGGAACUAUAAGGGCCUUUUUUAAAGGCAGAAACCAUAAAGGGUAGUAUCAACACAUUUUACUAUAUAAACUUCGUAUAACAAAAGACAGCAUCAAUAAAGUAAAAAUGUAAAGGGAAAAAUGAGGAAAAUGUUUAUUAUAUAUGCCAAAGAGUUAUUAUCUUUAAUAUAUGAAAAACUCUUAAUUCAUUAAGAAACAACAACAAAUCACCCUGAUAAAAAAUGAUCUAAGGACAUGCUAUGGUCUGAAUGUUUAUGUACCCCCAAAAUUCAUAUGUUGAAAUCCUGCUGCCCAGUGUGAUAGUAUUAGGAGAUGAGGCCUUUGGGAGGUGGUUAGGUCAUGAAGGCAGACCCUCAUGAAUGGAAUUAAUGCCCUUAUAUAAGAAACCCAAGAGAGCAUCCUUGUCCCUUUCACAAGAGGAUACAAUGAGAAGUAUGCAGCCUGGAAGAGGGCCUUCACCCAACCACACUAGCAUCCCCAAUCAAAGAAUUCCAGCCUCUAGAACUGUGAGAAAUAAGUUUGUGUUGUUUAUAACUCACUCAUUCAGUAGUAUUUUGUUAUAGCAGCCUAAAAAGACUAAGGACGUAAACCAUCAUUUCAAAAAAGAAGGAACACAUUUGGCUAAUAAACAUAGGAAGAAGUAAAUGCCAACCUUAUUUGAAGGAAUGCAGAAGGAAACAAUGAGAUUCUUUUACCUGUAAGAUUGGCAAGAGUUUUUAAAUGUUUAUAAUAACAAGUGUUGGCCAGGGUGUGGAUAAGACACCCUCAUGACUGUGUCCAGAAUGCCUUUAACUUAUCUACUGAGUAUAUAUCAAUAGUUAUAUAUAUUUUUUUGUUUUAUCAAAUGCAUUUGGUUCUUUUAAAAAUCUUCCCAGACAUUCCUGAUAAUUUCUUUCUGUUUGUCUCUAUUGAUGAUUCUAACUUUUAGAAUCCUUAAACUUUCAUUAAUAGCUAUUACAUAUUCUAUACCUGAUAAUUCUAGUAUCUGAAUUUCUUCUGGAUCUGUGUUAGUUAGGGUAUAGACUUGACUGCUAUAACACAGAGACCCCAAAUCACAAGACAGACGUUUAUUUCUCCAUCCAAGUACAUAGUCCAGCGCUAGAAUAGAAAACUCCAGUUCCCAGGGGGAGGGUAUAGCUCAAGUGGUAGAGCACAUGCUUAGCAAGCAUGAGGUCCUGGGUUCAGUCCCCAGUACCUCCUCUAAAAACAAACAAAUAAACAAACCUAAUUACCUCUCCCCUACCAAAAAAAGAAAAAAAAAACCCUCAAAAAAAUUAAAAAAUUUAAAAAAAAAAGAAAAAUCCAGUUCCCAAUCAACAGUGUUCCCAGCUCCCUCUCUCUUUUAUUAUUACACUGCCAUCCUUAACACUUCACCACCCACUAUCCUGUCCACAGUCCAAACAGCAGGAGAGAGAAAAUGGGAACAGGAAGGGCACAGCCCUAAGUUUUAAGAGCAGGACUUAAAAAUUACACCCAUUGCUUCUGCUCACAUUUCAUAGGUGAGAAGUCAUAGGAUCAUACCAACAUGUAAGACAGUUUGGGAAUUGUAGUUGUUAACCUUUACCUAAAAAGUAUAGUGCUACUGAAAAGUGUAGAAUAGAUAUUGUGAAACAACUAGCAGUCUCUGCCACAUGGUGUAAAUCUCGUUUCUGCUAAUUUUCUCUUGUGUUGUCUAGCUUCAUGUGCUUGAUGAUCUUUGAUUAUGAGUUUAUAUUUGCUUGCUUUUAAUCUGUGGGAAUCCCGUGGACCUAAAUUUGGGAAGCUUUCCUCCGGGGAGGAUUUGGUCUGCUUUUGCCAGGAGCCAAUGUUGAAGGUCCUGACCUGAAGUGAGGGUCUUCAGUUCAGCUCUCCUAUACCUACUUCCAGCCUGAGGGUUAGAAUCCUGGUUUCCGUAAUGCUAAGUGUUUUUGCCCAUUUGGGUGACCUCAUGUUUAUUGCUCGGUUACUGAUCACUGCUCCCAGUUCUGAUUUCAGUUCGUGGUUGUUGGGUUUUUGUUGUUUUCUUUGGUGAACAAAUAAAGUUUCCCUUACUUGUUGGGAUCCCAGCAAUGCAUUUGAAGGUAUGUUUUAGCAUCUAAUUGUUUUGUAGUAGAAAGGUCUUUCAAGGAAUAUGGCCCAGGAUGUUGCUAGACCAGAAAUAGUUCAUUGACUCUCCAAUUUACUUCAAGUCUGGCUUUUUUCUCUACCCAUCCAGCUUGCCAAAGUUGCCAGUAACCGCCUCCUUAACAAACCUAGUAGAUACCUUUCUGUCUUCUUACUCAACCUCUCAGCAGCAUUGACAGCUGACCUUUCAUUUAUUCUUUGAUCUAGUAUGAGCCAAGCACUGUUUUGGAUGCUGGGGGAUGACUAGCACAGACAAAAACCCUAAAGACAGAAAACAGACAAAAAAUAGUAAACACAAUAAGCAGGUAUGUAACGAGGCAUAAGAUAGUAAAUGCUUUUAACAAAAAUUGGAGCAGGGCAAAGGACAUCAGGAGUCCUGAGAGAGAGGCUGAAAUUUUUAAAGAAGCAGAAGAGUAAGCCUCAUUGAGAAAGUGAUAUUUGAGGAAAUACUUGAAGGAGGUAACGAAGUAAACCAUGAUGUUACGUGAAGAAAGAAUAUUCUAGGUAGUGAAAACAGCCAGUGUAAAGGCCUGGGGCAGGAUUGUGCCUGGUGCUUUCAAGAAGAGCAGAGGUCCAAGUGGCCGGAACAGAGUAAGCAUGGGAGAUGCAAUACGGGAUAAGAUCAGAUAGAAAAAGGGGGCUGGCAUAUCAUAUGGGACCCUGAGGGCCCCUAAAAAGACUGACUGUUACUAAGAUGGGAAGCCAUGUUUUGAGCAGAGUUGUGACAUGAAUUGACUUAUUUUUAAAUGAUUCCUCUGGCCUCUUGCUGUGUUGAUUAAAAAAGCCAUAAGGGAUCAAGGAUGGAGACAGGAAGACCACUUGAGAUGCUAUUGUAGUCACCCUUCUCCUUGACCCUUUUCCCUCUCUUGGAUCGAUUCCAUAUCCCCAGAUUUUUCUCUUGCGUUACUAGCUGUUUCCUUCUCCAGUUUCUUCUCCAGCACAUCUUCUCCAAUUUCCAAAUGUUGGAAUACCUUGGACUUGGUCCUAAGAUCCUUCUUGUAUCUAGUUCCCUUCACUGGGUGAUCUCCUGCAAACCUCUGGCUUUUAAUGGUUUUAAAACUGAUGAUUUGUGCUGGUGAUGCACAAACUUAGAGAUUCAGCCCUGAGCUUAUAGUCAUAAAUCCAGUAGCCAACUUGCUAUCCAAACUGGAACACUUCAUUUCUCCCCAAUUAUUUCCUCCCCUAGUCCGGCCUUUUACAACCCAGUAAGUGACACUAUAUUUGCUCAAGCCAAAAAACAGUCAUCCUUAAUGCCUCUCUUUCCCUCAUUUCUAUAUUCAAUCCAUCUGCAAGAUGUGUUUUUCUAUCUCUGAAUGAAUGAGCUAUUUCCUCCACAAUGCUGUGUGUCAAACCCCCCAAAUCUCAGUGAUUUAAACAAUGAAUAUUUACUUUUCUCAUUCAUGAAAUUGCAGGUCAUUUAGUGUUUGACUGAAUUUGCCUGGGCUUGGCCUACUUGACUGUAGGCUGCAGGCUGCAGGAUGGGUUGGGGUGUGCUCCGUGUGUGUUCAUUCUGGGGCUCAGGCUGAGCGGUGGCAGCUACCCCAGGGAUGACCAUAUGGUGAUGUCAGAAGCUCAGGAGGGCAAAUCAGUCAUGCUGGCACAUUUCAAGCUUCAGCUCACAUCACUUCCCAUUGGCCAAAGCAAGUCACGUAGACAAGCCCAAAGCUAAGGGGUGGGAAGGACACUGUAUUUACUAUGAGGCCAUAGCAAGAGUGGUUAUAUAAUAUACUAUUGACGUUGAAGAAUUGGAACCAAUUAUUCAAUUACUCAAUCUCCCACAGCCUCCUGAAGAAUUGUACCUCUCUCCAAACCCACUGUUAGCCAUCAUCUCUUGCUCCUAGACAAUUACCUGUUUUCACCACACCUAGAACAAUGCCUUGCACGUAGUAUAUGCCCAGUAAAAAAUGUAUUGAACAAACAACUCCCAACUGAUCUUCCUUGUUACACUCAUCUGUCUCUAGUCUUUUUCCACACAGCAGCCAAGGUGAGUGUUUAAAAACAAGUUCUGUGAUACAGAAAGGAAUGUAUUUGGCCUUUGUCCCGAGUUUAGGUACACAGCUACUAAAUAUCUUGGAAUUUCCUGAGUAAUAAGAGCGAUAGAAGAAUCUUUCAUUCUAAUAACAUGGUUCUUGGUGGGCUUCUAGAUAGCUUUAAAAUGGGGCUGGUCGCCAGAAAGAGCAAACUUAGAUUAGAGGCUUAUAACUUUCAGCCCCACCUCCCAACCUCAGGGGAGUGGGGAGGAGCUGGAGAUUUAGGACAAUCACUGAUAGCCAGUGAUUUAAUCAAUCAUGCCUAUGUAAUGAGACCUCCAAUAAACCCCCUAAGGGACAGGUUUCGGAGAGCUUCCAGGUUGGCAAACACAUUGAAGUGCGGGAAGGGUGGUGUGCCCAGAGAGGUUAUGGAACCUCUGUGCGCCUUCCCCCAUACCUUGCCCUCUGCCUCUCUGCCAUUUGACUGUUCUGAGUUGUAUCCUUUGUAAUAAGCCAGUUAAUGUAAGUAAUGUGCCUUCCUGAGUUCUGUGAGCCAUUCUAGCAAAUAAUUGAACCUGAGAAGGGGGUCGUGGGAACCCUGGGUUUACAGCUGGUUGAUCGGAAGUACAAGUGGCAACCUGGGACAUGCAGCUAGUAUCUAAAGUGGGAGCAGCCUUACGGGACUGAGCUCUUGGCCUGUGGAGUCUGUACUAACUCCAGGUAGUUAGUGUCAGAACUGAAUUGUAGGACGCCCUGUUGGUGUCUGUAGAAAAUUGGAGAAUUGCUUGGUAUGGAAAACCCGUAACACAUUUGGUGUCAGAAGUACUGUGAGUAAAAACAGCUCAGACUGUCAUUUGAGUCUCAGCUUAAAACCCUGCCCUAACUCCCCUUUGCACUUGAACUCCUCACGAUGGUCUCUAUAAAGGCAUACGUUAUCCAGCCAGGUCUGGCUCUCCAAACAAUGGCGUCUGGUACUACUCACUUCCCUCUGGCUAACUGCCUUUUUCUUCCUCAAAUAUUCCAAUGCUUUUCAGCUGCAGCAGCUAUUCUUGCUGUUCCCUGUGACUGCAGUGCUUUUUCUCAAGAUCUUGGCAUACUGGUUGUCUCCUGUCCUCAGCUUCAGCUAAAGUAUCACCUCCUUUGAGAGGCCUCCCUGACCAUCGAUACUUACAGACCCUCUCCCCACUCUACACCCACCCUCCUUAUGUUUCAUCACCGUCACCUUGUUUAUGCCUUUCGAUGAGUUUACCACUCUCUAAAAUUACCUUGCUUUGUUCAUCUUUGAUCUCUAGUGCCUAGAAUGGUGUCUGGCACAUGCUAAGUUCUCUAUAAAAAUUUGUUGAAUGAAUAUAUGUGAAAACUUUUCCUCUACAUUUUCAAAGUAUCUUUUCUAUCUUUUAUUUUCAUCUACUCAUCCAUGUAUAAAAUGGUAUUUUGUAAGUCCAGAUCAAACUAACUCAGGAGAAAUGAAAAUAUUAUAAAGUCCUUGUUGAUAAAAAAGAAAUUGGGGACUGGCGUUGCUUCAGCACAUGUAGCAUCCUUGUAACUUGUGCCGCUAGGGCAUUAAUCUGUGGGGUCAAAGGUCUAAGUGAGGCCACCUCCUGCCUCCCAUACUGAUGAACCAGCUUUCCUGGCUUCCCUUUUUCCUUUUCCAUUCUUACCAUUGUUGUCUGAUUAAUGUACAAGAUAAUUUACUUAUAAGUAUUGUUUGUUGCCUGUCUCCUCACCCUCCCAUCCAUGACACCACUGUGACCUUCAUGGGCACAUGAAGGCAAGUAUCUUACUCUGUUUUUUCUGAUACUGAGUAGAUGUUCAACCAAUUGUGGAAUGGAUGGAUGGAUGGAUGAAUGUUUCAAAGGAAAGAAAGAAAUCUGCAAGGUUCUGAAUCUCUUUCUCUUCUUCAAGUGUGCCCAGAGUAAGGUCACCCCCACUGUUGCACAGUCUACCUCCCAAGAUGCUCUAGGCGAAACCUCUUUGAGGUGUAAACGUUUACAAGUUCUUUCAUUCUCAGGUUGGCUUUACUUGUAUAUUUAUAAAUGCAUCUUGUGUGCCUAUUGAUAUUUUGUGUGUGACUCCUUUCUCCACUCUAGAGCUUGAAUAAGGAGGAAUUUAGCUCAGUAUUUAUGACAUCAUGACAGGAAGUGACAUCAUGAAAGGGAAAAAUCUGAUGAAGCUGAGCUCCAUCCUGUAGAGGUUAUUACCUCUGUGAGCACAGACCACUUUUCCUCUUCCCUCAAGAAAAGCCCAGGAGUUGUCUAAAUGCUGGACAAAGCUGAGCACUUAAAUUUAUUAUCAAGAAGGUCCUGGAGGAAGAGGAGCAGGGGAGUACAAAAACUAAGAAAGUAUCCCAACUUUGGUGAGGAGUGGCUGCUUCAGAAUCUUCCCAAUUAACAGCUGUGUUUCUCUUUUAAUUUCACAUUUUCCUAGGAUGAUGAAAUUAAAAUACUCUGUUCUUGCUUAUUUUUUCACAAACCUUAUUGUCCUCAUGAAAUGUCCACAUGUCCACAGUCCCUCAAAAGAUCAGCAGAGGGAAAUUUUUCUUUAAAAGAUGCAAUAGACAAUGCUUUUUCCUUUGAAACAACUGUGAUGGAAAGAGAAAUUCUUCCUUUCGUUUGAAUAGUCAUGCUUUUAAGUUGCUUGGAGGUGGUUAUGUAUGAAUCUUCAUAUAAACUUGUACCUCUCUCAUUUAAAAGAAAAAAUGAAAAAAAAAAGGGAAUUAGCUCAUUAAUUAUUUAAAAUACUUGGUGCAACUGUUCCUUAUGAAUUAAUGCAGGCACUUGGAAGACAAUUACACUCGGUGUUAAUAACAUUGCCAACCUUUUCCAGUAUGCUGCACUCCAAAUUCUAUUGUGUUUUCAUUGACAACAUUCACUAUUACAUAUGCAUAUGAAAAACAGGCAUUUUCAUCAGAAUUACUGUAAUAGCAUUAAGAGAUUAUUAUUUUUUUCCAAUUUCUUUGGAAGAAAAGUCACUCAAAUUAGAUUAUUUAUUACUUGACUGCUCUCCUAUCUGGCCUGUAUGUUUAGGUAACUAGAGUCCAUGAAAGUGUAAACUUCAGAACAAAAAGCAUGAUUUUAUACAUUAAUGAUUUCAAAUAAAAGAGAAGUGGUAGUUUGUGCAUCACUUCUUUCGAGAAAGUUAAGUCUGUGCUCUGCUUAGGAGAGAUAACACUUUUUGUCCCUGUAGGUGGCCCCCCUGGUGUAGCCAUUAGUUGCUAAUUACUUGCAAACAAAUAAACAAUUAACUCCUGAAGCUGCUGGCUGGGCCAGUGUUCAUUGACAUGCUAAAACUUUCUAAGACGGGAUUUUAAUUAGUGACGUUCUAAAUCCAGCCCCCUUGUCAGCAGAGCCAUAAGGUGAACUGCAGGAAGGUCCCAGCCCUGUACACGUGGGGCACAGCCAGCCUGGGAGGCUCCGAGAGGCUAGAGCCCAGAGCCGCAGCUCUGUGCAACCCACACGAAGAUGUCUCCCAACCUUCAGGAAGGUGCUCGGCUUGGGGAAAGCAAGCCCUCACCCUGCUCCUUUUCAAUUGAGAGCAUUUUAGGACUGGACCAGAAGAAAGACUGUGUUCCAUCAAUGAAGCCUCACAGGCCAUGGGCAGACACCUGCGGCUCCUCAGGGAAAGAUGUUAACCUACGUCUACAUAUCCCAAGUCUUCCUAAUGGGACCUCGUUACCUUGUACUUUGGAUCACCCAGUGCAAGAAGAAAGAGUUUCGAAAUAUGAAAAUUACCUUUCAGCCUCAGAAAGACUUUCUUUGAAAAGAGAGUUGAGUUGGUAUAGAGGCCGAAGACCAAGAACUGCUUUUACUCAAAACCAGAUUGAAGUGUUGGAAAAUGUCUUUAGAGUAAACUGCUAUCCUGGUAUUGAUAUCAGAGAAGACUUAGCUCAAAAAUUGAACCUAGAGGAAGACAGAAUCCAGAUAUGGUUCCAAAAUCGGCGUGCAAAGCUGAAAAGAUCCCAUAGAGAAUCACAGUUUCUCAUGGCAAAAAAAAAUUUCAACACGGAUCUCCUGGAAUAAAUAGAAAACUAAACAUGUGAGAUUACCUUCCAGUUUCAGAACAUGAAGAAUCAAUGGAAAUAUCAAGUGUUAAAAAUGUGUAUUUUCUUUUCUGCAUUUAAUCUGAGUAUUGUCAUUUUUUUCUGAAAAUAUAUUGUAAAUAAUUACUGUUAUACCAUGGUACCUAUUAUACUUAGACACUCUUAGUUACAAUAAAGGCCUUUACUAUAUAUUUUAAUAAACAUUUUCAGAAAAAGCCAACUAUUUUUGUGAGCAAAUUUAAUCUAAUAAAUCAAUUUGCUAAAAUCAGUAAACUCAUGAGUAAUUAAUUUCACAAGCUGGAUUCCAUUUCAAAAUAAUUCAAGUCAAA